CUAGUGCUACUGCAACUAAUCGGCCUUAUCGUGGAUCCGCUGCAAAUAUUUUGGGUUCUGACGAACAGCACUUAUUUAGUUUCUAAAUUCAUCAAAACAGGGGUCGGUGACAAAAACGAAUAUCCACUCUAUUUCGAGAAGGUCAUCUAUGAGGUGGACAUCGACGAGAAUGUGGAAAUCAAUCACAACUUUCUCAACGUCAGCGCAAAGACGCACGGCGAGGCGUCCGGUGUACGAUACAAGAUCUCGAGCGGUAACAUAGACAAUUUGUUCACGAUAAGCAACGCAACCGGCGCCCUGUACGUAGCCAAGGCGUUGGAUUAUGAGAAGAUCAAAAAGUAUGAGCUACGGUUGACGGCAUCGGAUAAUUUUCAGGAGAACUACACCACCGUUCUGAUCAACGUACGCGAUGUAAACGACAAUCCGCCGGUGUUUGAGAAAUCGUCCUAUCGCACACAAAUCACCGAGGAAGACGACCGAGGCUUGCCAAAGCGUGUGCUGCGGGUUACCGCCUCCGAUGCCGACGUGGAGCGUCCAAACAACAUCAUCUACUUUCUGACUGGGCCCGGUAUUGACAUCGAAAAUCCCUCCAACAGCUACUUUGACAUCAACAAGGCCACUGGGGAAAUAUUUGUGCUUAAGCCCCUCAACCGAGAUCCACCACACGGACGAGCGUCUUGGAAGUUUACCGUCUUUGCGCAGGACGAAGGAGGCGAGGGUUUGGUGGGCUUUACGGAGGGUCAGAUUAACCUGAAAGACGUCAACGACAAUGCGCCGCAGUUCCCGAACGGGAUUGCGUACGGCAACGUGACCGAAAAUGGCACCAUCGGCAUGCACGUGAUGACAAUAAAGGCCAAAGACUAUGACGAUAUCAACGAAGGCACUAACGCGAAGAUCAUUUACUCGAUUGAGAAGAACGCGAUCCAAGAGGAUACUGGUUUGCCGAUCUUCUACAUCAACCCGGACACGGGACUCAUCACGACGGCGGUAUGCUGUCUCGAUCGAGAGAAGACGCCCGACUACUCGCUGCAGAUAGUGGCCACCGAUGGCGGAGGUUUGAAGGGUACGGGGACAGCUUCCAUCAAGGUGAAGGAUCUGAAUGAUAUGCCGCCUCGGUUCACCAAGGACGAGUGGUUCGUCGAGGUGGAGGAAACCGACGGUAGUGUGCUGCCCGAGGCACCGAUACUGACCGUGACGGUGAAUGACGAUGAUGAGAUAAACAAUUUCCAGUAUAAAAUCAUUGAAAGCAGCGGGCACGGGGCGGAUAAGUUCGCGAUGGUAAAGAAUGCGGACGGAACGGGGAGUUUGAAGGUAGUCCAGCCGCUCGACUACGAGGAUCCUUUGCAGAUAAAUGGCUUUCGCUUUCGGAUACAGGUGAUCGAUAACGAUGAGAUUGACGAGAGCGACAAAUACCACGUUGACCAUUCGUGGGUGAUUGUGAAGUUGAAGGAUAUUAACGAUAAUACGCCUCGCUUCAAGAAGCCGCACAUCGAGGCGGCUGUGUAUGAGAACGCGGACGUGGGGAAAAACUUGGGCACCUUCAAGGCGGUCGACAUUGACAAGGGCGGUAAGAGCAAAAUUACCUACAGUAUUAACCGUGCUACAGACCGGAAGCGUCAGUUUGCCAUCGACCAGGAAGGUACGGUGACGAUCCACCGUGAACUGGAUCGGGAAGCGAUGGCGAAACACUCGCUUGAAAUUUUGGCCACUGAUGACGGUGUACCGCCGCGCACGGCUUCCGCCAUCUUGACUGUGCUGGUGAAGGACAUCAACGAUAAUGCGCCGGUAUUCGCGGAAGAUUACCGGCCCAUUCUGCUCGAAAACUCACUGCCUUCGAAGAUUAUCGAAAUCUCCGCCGUCGAUAAGGAUGACCGACUAGAGGGCAAUGGGGCACCGUUCCAGUUCCGCAUGGACCCGGACGCAGACGAUGUGAUUCGAACGUCCUUCAAGGUGGAGCAGAGUAACAAGGGUGACGGUAUGGCGAUCAUUUCAUCGCUCGGCUCGUUCGAUCGCGAGUACCGCAAGCAGUACACCAUUCCGAUCGUUAUCAAGGACUCGGGAACGCCAUCCCAUACCGGCACCAGCACGCUGACGAUCACGAUCGGUGAUCUGAACGAUAACAUCAUGCAGCCUGGCUCCAAGGAGGUGAUCGUGUACAACUACCAAGGCCAGGCGCCGGACACACCGAUCGGGCGUGUGUUCGUUAACGAUCUCGACGAUUGGGACACCUCGGACAAGCUGUUCUAUUGGGAUGAGGCCGAGAAUCCACGCUUCAAGCUAGACGACACAUCCGGCAUGGUGACGAUGCGGCGCGGUGCUCGCGAGGGACGCUACAAGCUGCGUUUUAAGAUCUACGACCGCAAGCACGCGCAGGAAUCGUAUGCGAACAUGUCAGUGGUGGUGAAGCACAUCUCCUACGAGGCGAUCGUCAACUCCGGCUCGAUCCGGCUGACAGGCAUUACGGAUGAGGACUUUAUACGCAUCUGGAACUAUCGCACCCAGAACAUCUUCCGCAGCAAGCUGGAGCGGUUCCGGGACAAGCUGGCGGAGCUGCUGAACGUGGACGUAAAGAAUGUGGACGUUUUCAGUGUGCAGAUGAAGGAUCGGUCGGUGCCGCUGAUCGAUGUGCGGUUCGCCGUGCAUGGCGCGUACUUCUACAAGGCGGUGCAGCUGAACGGCGUGAUACUGCUGCACAAGGAGGAAAUCGAGCAGGAGGUGGGCAUCAACAUCACGAUGGUAAACGUGGAUGAGUGUCUGCUGGAGAAUGCGGACUGUGCCGGGUCGUGCACCAGCAUUAUCGAGGUCCAAUCGAACCCCUGCCUAGUGAAUGCGAACAAAACCGCCCUGGUUGGGGUUCAGAUCAACUCCACGGCGGAGUGUGUAUGCAGCUCGCGAGAGUACAAGCAGCAACAGACCUGCAAAUCCCAUCCCUGUCUGAACGGUGGUCGCUGCACCGAUUCCAAGCCGGGUAUCAAGUGCUCGUGUCCACCAGGCUACACGGGACCCCGCUGUCAGCAGGUCGUACGUAGCUUCCGCGGCAGUGGCUGGGCCUGGUACCCACCGCUCGACAUGUGCGACAAGUCGCAUAUUAGCGUCGAGAUCAUCACAACGAAGCCGGAUGGUUUAAUUUUCUACAACGGACCUAUCACACCACCGAAGGAGGACGACACGUCCAAGCAGCUGUCCGACUUUAUUGCACUCGAGCUGGAGCAGGGUUAUCCUCGGCUUCUCAUCGACUACGGCUCGGGUACUCUUGAGCUGCGCAUCGCUACCAAACAUCCGCUCAACGAUGGCGAAUGGCACCGGAUCGAUCUGUUCUGGGACACUGAGCAGGUGAAGAUAGUGGUCGAUUUCUGCAAGACGGCCGAAAUCACCGAAACCGACGACGGCAACCUGGUCGAAUUUGUCGACCACACCUGCCAGGCGCUGGGCAAGGUGCCGCAGUUCAAUGAAUAUCUGAAUCUCAACACGCCGCUCCAGAUUGGCGGAGUGUUUAGGGACAAGUUUGACUACACUUACAGCCGCUGGCAGUACAUGCCAGUCGGGGUCGGUUUCGAAGGGUGCAUACGCGAGUUUAAGCAUAACGGAAUCCUGUACGAUCUGUCCCACCCGGGACUGUAUAAGGGUAGUGCGCCCGGUUGUUUGUACACGCAGGAGGUGUGUGAUCUGAAUCCACAGGUCGCCCGGUGUCUCGAGCACGGCAAGUGUGUCGGUAGCUAUGUCGAGGCCAAGUGUGAAUGCAAUCCCGGUUGGACGGGCACGUACUGCAGCUUGCCGACCACGCCGACCACGUUCAAAAAGCACAGUUACGUGAAGUACGCGCUCAGCUUUGAGCCGGAUAAGUUCACGACGCAGAUUCAACUGCGGUUCCGCACGCGCGAAACGUACGGUGAGCUGUUCCGCAUCAGCGAUCAGCAUAUGCGCGAGUACGGCAUCAUUGAGCUGAAGGACGCCAAGGUGUACUUCCGGUACAGCUUAAACACGGGCCAGGUGGAGGAGCAGGAGGUAGCGUUGACUGCGGUCGAGGUGGACGACGGACAGUGGCACGUGGUGAAGGUGCAAAGGUACGGCUCAGCGGCCAUCCUGGAACUGGACGGGGGUGAUGGUGCCAACUUCAACCAAAGUUUCUCGUUCGACGGACAUCAGUGGCUGUCAGUCGACAAACAGGAGGGUGUGUAUGCGGGUGGCAAGCCAGAGUUCACUGGCGUGAAGACGUACGAUGUCAAAUCGGACUAUCAGAAGAGUUGCAUCGACGAUAUAAGAUUGGACGGUAAAAGCUUGCCACUUCCGCCAGCCACCAACGGUACCCAGUGGGGUCAGGCCACGAUGGCGAAGAACACCGACCGCUACUGUUCCUCCAACAAUCCUUGCCAGAACGCGUACUGUCCGGAUCCGUUCGAGUGUGUUGACCUGUGGAACAAGUACGAGUGUGCUUGUGGUGAUGGUAUGACUAUCUCACCGGAAGGCAAGACCUGCAUCGAUCGAAAUGAGUGUCUAGACUACCCAUGUCUGAAUGGGGGCACUUGCAUCAACCAGGAGCCGCGCCUAAAGUACAAGUGUAUCUGUCCAGACUCGUACUGGGGCGCGAGUUGUGAGUUUCUGAAGGAACGACAAGCGCUUAAAUUCAGCACCAGUGCCUUGGCCGCCGUUAUAGCCUGCCUAUUACUGAUCAUUAUUUUGCUGUUUGUUUAUUUUUCUUGCUCCCGGCGUCGUUCGUCUAACUUCAACAAGAAGCCGGCCACCAAGGACGACAUCCGCGAAAACAUCAUCAACUACUGCGACGAAGGUGGUGGCGAGAACGACAUGACCGCGUUUGACAUGAAGACACUCAAGAUCCCGAUUGGUCCGCUGCCAGAGCUCGUUCAACAUAAGGCACCGCCAGUACGUCCAGAUAUUGCCGUCGUGUCCGACCAGGUGGUCGGCAAGGUAGACGUGUUCCUGGACGACCGGAAGCGACGCGUCGACAUCGACUCAGCCUCCGGGCCAUUCGACGAUCUGCGUAACUACGCCUACGAAGGUUGUGGGAGUACCUCGGGUUCGCUAAGUUCCUUACAGUCAGGUAAAUCAAAAAAAUCUCCCAAACCCAUAAUAAUCUUCCAAACCUGCCCCGAACAGCACACGACGAUAAACACCUAAACUGUCCUCGCUGUUCCUACCAUUUCGAUAAGUUAGUCAAUAUUUACGAACCAAGCGAAGCGCAGAUCGAAGAUGACGAUGUUAGUUAAGAGUAAGUGUAGCUAUCGCAGGUGCUGUACGUCUCUUGUUCCCUAGGUCAACAAGAAACAAGAUAAGCAAAUUCGUCGUAUAUGAAACACGAUUUUGGUGAUUUUCUUACCAGCGUGCUGGUGGAACGGUAGAUAUUCUUUGUAAAAUAGUCCAUUAAAAUCCAUACUUACAUGCUAAUACCCGCGGAAACGAUCGUUCGAGCCGAGACGGAUUUAUAGAAUUGCAUUUUUGCACUGCACCAUUUCGCAGGAAAACAAGAAAUUGCAAAAUUGAUGAGAGUGCAUAGCUACAGAGCAAAUUUAAAUCGAAAUUUAUUAACCAUCAAUAGAUGGUUCCUUAAGGUUACAGACGAACGGUGCAGCUCGCAGGGUUGGAUUUUUCAGAAAACAAGAGCAUUAAAUGCUCGCUAUAAUUACGUAAGGUAAAUGGAGCAUCAUUGUGACGAUUCAAGAAAUUGUCAGCCGAUAAACAGUAAAUCAUGCAUGUAAAAAUCGAAACUACAACUCAAAUAUAUCGUGUAGACACGUACUAGUUUCGUGCCAUUAACGACACUGUAAAAACAGUAAAUAUUUCAAUUUGAAAGGACAAAUUGUUGGAAGAAAACGAGUUCCCUGAGCAGAAAUUAUAUGGAUGGGAACUAGAAAGAGAUUGCUAAUUAAUGGAGCCAAAAGGAUGUUGUUUUUAAAAUGAUAUCGUCUAUUUGCAAAAUGUGUACACGUGUUCCUUGAGAAGGUGAGCGAAGCCACAUUGCCAUGUUGGUAAAACGCAUCCAGAAAAUGAUCGAACAAUGUUGAUCUGGUGAAAGCAAACCCACGCAGUAACUGUAUGGUGUAGCCCAUUCUUCAAAUCGAUAACGUUGUUUGCAUAUUUUCUGUAAUUUUUUUUCGUUACUGCAAUCGAACAAACAAUGCGAUAAUGAGAGACGAAAACUCUGCUCAAUAGAUGAAAGUCCCGAGUAACCUUGGAAUAGUAAAACGUCGUACACUCCGAUAUUCUUAACCCUUGUGAUGAACUCGUCUUCUCCUUCUUCUUCUUUGGCACAACAAUCGUUGUCGGUCAAGGCCUGCCUGUACCCACUUGUGGGCUUGGCUUUCAGUGACUAAUUGAUUUCCCCCCAUAGCAGGAUAGUCAGUCCUACGUAUGGCGGCACGGUCCCCUUGGGGUUUGAAACCAUGACGGGCAUGUUGUUACGUCGUACGAGUUGACGACUGUACUACGAGACCGGCUUGAUGAACUCGUCACUAUGGGGUAAACGCCCUUCCGGAAAAGCACAAACAAGAUCCAAUGAAAAUCAAAGCAGAAACCAAUAACCAAACGAACCUACAUACGCACAUCAAACUCAUCCACCGUAGACAAGUUACAAAGCAAACGCGAACUAACCAUACCCCAAAACUGCCUAACAUUAUGCUCGUUUGAUAGGGUUCCUUUCCAAUGAAAACUUUUAUGAAACACGAAUGAAAGCAAAAACAUUGACAAAACCAACCGCAUAGCAAGAAAGCGCAGUUUGGGUAAAUUUCGACAGGGCUCGUUUCGAUUUUGUUUCAUUAAUUAUUCGGACGAUGACUUCUGAAAUAUAAAAAAAAAAAAACAUAUAUUCAUAUAUUAACAUACAUUCUUCAAUAUACCGUUUGGUGAAGUCGAUCUGAGCGUUUAAUAAAACCAGCGCCUGGUUGCUUUCGUUUUGGAAGCAAAAGUUUAGUCAAACAUCUUCCACUGUUUGCUGGGAAAGUUUACAACUAUGGAAUCCUUUGCGUUGAGCGCAAAAGCAUGAUGAAAAUUAUCUGUUUUCGCAAUCGAAAUAGUUUCAUUUUGUUUCGGCGGGAGGAGAAGGAGGGCAUUUUAGAAGUGGAUCAAAAGAGCGUUCGUACCGGCGCUGCAGAUGAGCUAUUAUUGCCAAAGCAGU